UGGAAGUGGACGUCCUGUCGGCGAUACUCAGGUCCAAGCACACGGCAGGGAUCCAUCGACGACCGACCGACGUCAAGUUAUCGCAGCCCGGGGAUUGUUGCUGAACGUCCGUCGCCUCCAUCAGGCUUGCGACGACAACCAACUACCUACCUAGCCACUCCUCCUCUAAUAUCACCUGGCGCAACGCAAGUCGCAACCUUUGCCUUACCAGCCAGCCAGCCAACCUCAAACCACAAUUAAUCAACACCAUCCACCGCAACCGCCCAUCAUGCUCAACACCACUGCCUCUUCGGCUGCGGCCGUCGCGCGCCAACUCACCACCCGCCGAGUCAUUGCUCCCUCCUUCGUCUCCCAGGCCAUCCGCACCUACGCAACCCCGGCCGGUCCCCCGCCCAAGGGCUUCCGCAUUCCGACCCCCAAGACGUGGGACCAAGAGGAGGAACACGUGCUGGACAAGAACGGACGGUACUUUCUUUUGACGGAGAUGUUUAGGGGCAUGUAUGUGGCUAUGGAGCAGUUUUUCAGGCCGCCGUACACAAUCUAUUACCCCUUCGAAAAGGGUCCCAUUUCUCCCCGCUUCCGCGGCGAGCAUGCCCUUCGUCGUUACCCCUCGGGCGAAGAACGCUGCAUCGCCUGCAAGCUCUGCGAGGCCGUCUGCCCUGCUCAGGCCAUCACCAUCGAGGCCGAAGAGCGUGCCGAUGGAAGCAGAAGGACGACCCGCUACGAUAUCGACAUGACCAAGUGCAUCUACUGCGGAUUCUGCCAGGAGAGCUGUCCCGUGGAUGCGAUUGUGGAGAGUCCCAAUGCGGAGUACGCGACGGAGACGAGGGAGGAGUUGUUGUAUAAUAAGGAAAAGCUACUCUCCAACGGAGACAAGUGGGAGCCUGAGCUUGCGGCUGCUAUCCGCGCCGAUUCUCCUUACAGAUAAAGGGGCUACAGUUUGAAGACCGGAUAACAGGACGGACAACGAGGACAGCAAUUUUUUUUUUUUCGUUGUUGCUAUGCUAGAGCUUCGGAACCAGCAGUUUCGGAUGGGUUGCGGUAUCAACAGGACGCACCAUGUGUUAUAGAAGGCAGGCGAACGAGCAAAAGAAGGCUGUAUAUACGUUUGUAAUUGGCGUCCCUGAUUCAAUUUCUUGCCUUCUUAUGUCUUAUCUUUCCAGGAAAGAUCCUACUACUCGGCAAAAGGGACGCAUCAAGAAACCUGAAGAUGCUUAAAAGGCUGAGUGUACAAUUAGUGUACGGUACCAUCUGUAAGAUACAAGCUGUAUCG